AUGGAGUUCAGUGAUAUGUGGACAUGGUUUUUCCCCCGUCCUCCCCGGGGCCCAGACUCCAACCCGCGCGGCCCCAACAAUGACGGCAAUGGCUCUGGCGGCUUUAACAUUAAUUGGGGCUAUGGACGUGUCGGCCACGACUAUUAUCAUGCCCAUUGUGAACUUUUCAACGCAAAGUGGACUGUGCUAAUCAUACCUUUGUGCGUCGUGCAGUUUGUCUCGUCUCGUGGCAAUGAGUACUUCUGUGAGAUCGACGAAGACUACCUGACAGAUCGCUUCAACCUCACUGGUCUCAACACAGAGGUUUCUUACUACCAGUAUGCGCUUGAUCUUGUCACCGACGUUUUCGAUCUCGACGCCGACGAUGACCUCCGCGAGCAAAUUGAGAAGUCCGCUCGCCACCUCUAUGGUCUCGUUCAUGCUCGGUACAUCGUCACUACUCGUGGACUCGCCAAAAUGCUUGAAAAAUACAAGAAGAGCGACUUCGGAAAGUGCCCUCGCGUUAUGUGCGACGGCCAUGCGCUUCUUCCUGUCGGUCAAGCUGACCUUCCAAACAUGAGCACCGUCAAGCUCUACUGCCCAAAGUGUGAAGACAUCUACAACCCCAAGUCCUCUCGCCACGCCUCCAUUGACGGUGCAUACUUCGGCACUUCAUUCCAUUCUAUCCUGUUCCAGGUCUACCCUGCUCUCAACCCGGAGAAGAGCAGCCGCCGCUACGAGCCCCGUAUCUAUGGUUUCAAGGUUCACGCUGCGGCCGCCCUUGCUCGCUACCAGGACAUGGAACGCGAAGACCUCAAGUCCCGCCUCGCCGAAGUUGACAUCCAGCACCGUUUCAUCGAAGACAGCGAGAGCGAUGGCGAUGCGUUCGAGUACGACGAGGAUUACGCGGAGGGUCGUACUGAGCCCGCCAAGAACCAGGGCCAGGCCGGCGACGCAGCCUCUGCUCCGAUGGAGAUCGGUAACUGA